AGCUCAAGUUGUGCCUCAGUUGAGUGAAAUUAAAUUUAAAAUAAAAAAUUAAAAUAUAUUAAAUAAAUAAUUAUUAAAAUCACAAAAUGCAGCAUUUUACUACAAAAUCGACAAAGAUUUUUAUAGGGCAAGGUCUUAAGUCACUGCAUAAAUCUGUUCUUCUCAUGCAAACACGUUUCUUAGCCACAACUCCCGUGGGUGAGGUUUUAUUUCCUAGCAAGUCAGAUUUUCCUAGUAGACACAUUGGUCCACGUAAAACUGAUGUGGUGGCUAUGUUAGACACACUUGGUUAUAAGUCCCUAGCAGAAUUGACCGGAAGAGCGGUACCAAAACGCAUACAGUUAAAUCGUGAUCUAAAUUUAGACAAACCUUUAAAUGAACAUGAACUCAUACGUCGUAUACGUGAUAUUGCAAAAAAGAAUCAAAUUUGGCGCUCUUACAUCGGCAUGGGCUACCAUAACUGUCAUGUACCUCAUACAAUACUGCGUAACAUCUUUGAAAAUCCUGGCUGGACCACACAAUAUACACCCUAUCAACCUGAGAUAGCUCAAGGCCGUCUUGAAUCAUUACUGAACUAUCAGACAUUAGUCUCCGAACUGACAGGUUUGGAUGUGGCUAAUGCAUCAUUAUUGGAUGAAGGUACAGCAGCUGCAGAAGCAAUGUGUCUAUGUACUAGACAUAACAAGCGCAAGAAAAUUUACUUGUCAAACAAAGCACAUCCACAAACACUAUCUGUAGUGCAAACCAGAGCAGAAGCUUUAGAGUUGGAAAUAGAAAUAGGUCCUAUUGAAAAUGCAAACUUAGCAAGUCGUGAAUUUUCCGGUAUACUACUACAAUACCCCGACACAUACGGCGAUGUAAAGGAUUUCGAAAAUAUUGCGGACUUGGCACGUAAAAAUGGUACCUUAGUAGUUGUUGCAACGGACUUACUAGCACUAACUCUACUUCGACCACCUGCUGAAUUUGGUGCUGAUAUUGCUAUCGGCACAUCACAACGCUUAGGUGUGCCACUAGGCUAUGGUGGUCCUCAUGCAGGCUUCUUUGCUUGCAAACAAAGUCUUGUACGCUUGAUGCCAGGUCGCAUGAUUGGCGUUACACGUGAUAUGGAUGGUCAUGAUGCUUACCGUUUAGCUUUACAGACACGUGAGCAACACAUACGUCGUGAUAAGGCGACCAGUAAUAUUUGUACUGCACAAGCACUCCUAGCUAAUAUGUCAGCAAUGUAUGCUAUAUAUCAUGGCCCUGAAGGACUUAAAGCCAUAGCAAAUCGUAUACAUCAUUUUACACUAACGCUACAAACUGGCUUACGUGAGGCUGGACAUCAUGUAAAGAACAAAAAUUUCUUCGAUACUUUACACAUUACACCCAAUGAGGAUUUAACCAUUGAUGAAAUUAAAUCGCGUGCAGCACAGAAGCAUAUAAAUUUCCGUUACUUUACUGAUGGCACAGUUGGCAUUGCUCUGGAUGAGACUGUUGGUCCAAAUGAUGUUAAUGAUUUAUUAUGGGUUUUCAAGUGCAAAUCCUUGGAUGACAUAUUAUCUGGGCAUGACAUAUUAAGCAAUUCAAUUGAAAAAUCAAAAUUCCUACGCACUUCUCCAUUCCUAACCCAUCCUAUUUUCAGCUCACAUCACAGUGAGUCACGCAUGGUUCGUUACAUGAAGAAACUCGAAAAUAAAGACAUUUCAUUGGUGCACUCUAUGAUACCAUUAGGUUCAUGCACUAUGAAAUUGAACUCCACUACUGAAAUGAUGCCUUGUUCUUUCCGUCACUUCACUGAUAUACAUCCAUUUGCACCUGUAGAACAAGCACAAGGCUAUCAUCACAUGUUCAAAGAAUUAGAGAAAGAUUUAUGUGAAAUUACUGGUUACGAUAGAAUAUCCUUCCAACCUAAUUCAGGAGCUCAAGGUGAAUACGCUGGUUUACGCGCUAUUCGUAGCUAUCAUGAACACCGUAAUGAAGGUCAUCGCAAUAUAUGUCUCAUUCCAAUAUCGGCACAUGGCACAAAUCCUGCUUCCGCACAAAUGGCUGGUAUGAAAGUGGAACCCAUACGUAUAUUAUCUGACGGUAGCAUUGAUAUGAGUCAUUUACGUGAUAAGGCCGCUGAACAUGAAAGAGAACUUUCUUGCCUUAUGAUUACAUAUCCCUCAACCAUGGGCGUUUUUGAGGAAACUGUUGCAGAUAUUUGUGAUUUAAUACAUCGUCAUGGAGGACAAGUGUAUUUAGAUGGUGCUAACAUGAAUGCACAAGUUGGACUUUGCAGACCCGGCGAUUACGGCAGCGAUGUUUCUCACUUGAAUUUGCAUAAAACUUUCUGCAUACCACAUGGUGGUGGUGGUCCUGGUAUGGGUCCCAUAGGUGUUAAAGCACAUUUAGCACCCUAUUUACCUGGCCAUCCAGUUAUAAGUCCAUUAGAUAAUCAAGACAAUAGUUUUGGUGUAGUUUCUGCAGCACCAUUCGGUAGUUCAGCUAUACUUCCUAUAUCUUGGUCUUACAUUAAAUUGAUGGGUAGCCGUGGUCUUAAACGUGCCACACAAGUUGCUAUUUUAAAUGCAAAUUAUAUGUCAAAACGUUUAGAAAAUCACUACAAGACACUUUACAAAGAUGAAAAAUCUGGUCUUGUAGCACAUGAAUUCAUAUUGGAUAUACGUGAUUUAAAGAAGAGUGCCAAUAUUGAAGCUGUUGAUGUAGCGAAACGCUUAAUGGACUACGGUUUUCAUGCGCCAACAAUGUCAUGGCCUGUAGCUGGUACACUUAUGAUUGAGCCCACUGAAAGUGAAGAUAAGGAUGAAUUGGAUCGUUUCUGUGAAGCCAUGAUAUCAAUUCGAGCUGAAAUUGCCGAAAUCGAAACAGGACGUAUGGAUAAUAAAGUGAAUCCAUUGAAAAUGUCUCCACAUACUCAAGCGCAAGUUAUCUCUGAUAAAUGGAAUAGACCAUACACGCGGGAAGUUGCAGCCUUUCCAGCGCUCUUUGUUAAACCCGAAUCCAAAAUUUGGCCUACAGUUGGCAGAAUAGACGAUGCUUAUGGUGACAAACAUUUAGUCUGCACUUGUCCACCAAUUUUACCUGAUCUGUAAAGUUUUAAUAUAUUAUACUAAAGCAGUGGUAAACAUAUAUAUUGAGUUUACA